AUGUCAACGUUGGUUUCUUCAAAUGAGCCACACGUCUGUCGUUUUACCCUCACUGAUUUGAUUUUCAUGAUGUUGGCGGCGCUGGGGCUGUUUUCCUACAGACUUUUCUGCCUUUUGGGUUAUGGAUAUGUCGCUUACUGGACUUUUGAAAAUCGUCCUGCAAAAGUUUCGCUGAAGGAAAAUGUCUUCCUGCAAACACGGUUUCUUACCAUUGACACAUUGCUUCUACACGUCUUGUACUAUGCGUUGGCGAUUCUUCUUAUGCCGACAAGAUGCAAUAAAGUAAAGAGCGUCUUGUCUUGUCUGGCUCUUACAACUGCCACGGUCGUGUCAGUUAUGUUCUGGGGCAUCGAUUACUUCGACAGAUCACUGCUAAUGGAUCUGAAAACUAUUGAAUUUAUACCCUCGUGGUUUAUUCACGCUACGCACACAUUCAUCAGCAUUACUGCAUUGUUCGAUGUUCUUCUUUCGCGUCCGCAUCCGGUGCCUUUGUGGAAGUCUUUUCUCAUUGUUUUCUCCUACUUUCUGGGCUAUACUCUCUACACAGAAUACCUGAUCUACAAACACGGGUUCCACCCAUAUCCUAUGCUGAAGCUGUUCACCGUUACCGGUCGUUAUCAGUUUUACGGAGUGGCUUUUUGUAUUGCCUUUUUGGUCUUUCUCGUCUCUUCUCUGGUAAUAAGACUGGCUUCCUCUGAUUACCAUCGCAAACCGAAGAGGGAUAAAGCAAAGAAUAAGAAGCCCCAACAGCAGCCACAGCACCACCAGCAUCAACAACCACAGAAGCAGUCUCUGACGCCCACAAGUGCCAAAAAGAAGAAACAGGCCAAGCAGGAUUAA